UCUUGAAUACUCCUGUUCUUUGUUCCACUGCAAACUUUUCCGUUGGAGAAUUGUCGUUGAAUUUCUUCGAUAAUAUAAAUAAUGCUUCCAUGUCCCUUAAUUUCCGGCAAACUUUUCCUGCAACCGUCGACGACCGGCUGAAUUCCUGGUAUGGAUCAAAUCCUCACCCAGAUCCUCGACGCCUGCCGGCAGGCUCACGACUUCGACCGCACGCUCCGCCUCUCCGACGUCGCCCUCGACCCCGACUUCCUCCUCGCCACCUGCGAAGACCUCGCCGCCGCCUUCCAUCAGGCCGCCUCCGCGCUUCGCGCCCGGGUGCUCCCGUUCGAGCCACCCCGAGUGGAGCAGCAGGUGGCGCAACUCUCCCCCCUGCGCCGGGAGUCUCCGUCGGAGAGACGGCUGUCGAAGAAGAGGAAGAAGGGGGCGGUGACGAGGACGGUUCCGGCGGUGAGGAUCGGCGAUGCCGUCGUUCCUCUGGACGAUGGAUACACCUGGAGGAAGUACGGCCAGAAGGACAUUCACAAUUCCAAAUUCCCCAGGAGCUACUACCGGUGCACCCACAAGAGCUUCUACGGCUGCGGGGCGAAGAAGCAAGUGCAGAGGCUCGACGACGACCCCUCCACCUUCGAGGUCACCUACCGCGGGGAACACACCUGCCAGACCUCCACCACGCCGCUCUUCAUCCCCUCCAUCCCAGUCGACGUCGAGAACAGAGGCCCCGUCGACGGCGAGGGCUCUUCGGUCCAGUUGCAUCUCCAAGCCAUGGCGGGGCCGUCGUCGUCUUCGCAACCGCAAAUCCACAGUUGGCUGGGAGGCGAAAACAGAGGCCCCGGCGACGGCGAGGGCCUUUCGGCCCAGUUGCAGCUCCAAGCCAUGGCGGGGCCGUCGUCGUCGCAACCGCAAUUUCAAAGUUGGCCGGGCGGCGAGAACAGAGGCCCCGGCGAUGGCGAGGACCCUUCCGCCCAGUUUCAGCUCCAAGCCAUGGCGGGGCCGUCGUCGUCGCGACCGCAAUUUCAAAGUUGGCUGGGCGGCGAGAACAGAGACCCCAGCGGCGGCGAGAACCCUUCGGCCCAGUUGCAGCUCCAAGCCAUGGCGGGGUCGUCGUCGUCGCAACCGCAAUUUCAAAGUUGGCUGGGCGGCGAGAACAGAGGCCCCGGCGGCGGCGAGGACCCUUCGGCCCAGUUGCAACUCCAGGCCAUGGCGGGGACGUCGUCUUCGCAACCGCAAGUCCUCAGUUGGCUGGGCGGCGUUGGCAGCGGACAGGCAGCGACGGCGAGGCAGGGCGGCGGCAGAGACGUGGAUGUCUCGGUGGCGGAGCUCGCCGACGCGAUGUUUAAUAAUCCGGGGAGCAGCGGAAGCAGCAGCAUGGACGCCAUCUUCCCGCCGAAGAGAGGAAAUUAAUCGAAUAAUCUGCCAAAAAAAAUCAAAGGGUUGAAUUUGAGUAGAAUUGAUCUCA